AUGAAAACCAUAUCACCAACUUACUGGCUGGACGAGACCAUUAACUUGAAAAAUGACAUCACCCAAGCUCACAGCAGAAAUACAUCAGUACUCAGCCGAGGCCAGCAAACAAGUGAAGACAAUCCUACAUCUGCAAUUGAACAAGAUCCUACUUGCUUGCAAUUGAAUGUAUUGACGCAAACUAGAAACAGUACUUGUCUGAUUUGUAAUGCCACUAAUGAUAUACACAGGAUCUCAGUCGAAUGCAAAGCUAACGUUUUUAUUGUAAAAAAUAUUUACAUUCCCGAAAACGUUAAAUCAUGUAGACGUCAUUUAGAUGAUCGAGGUUUUAUUCUCCAACCUUUAUUACUUGGUUUGCGUUUCGUUAACAGGCCAUACGUAAUUAGGGGACCACAACUCCAAAUAUUCUUGCAAGGACUUUGUAAUGUAGAAAGAAAUCUGACGAGAAUUGACGAUGAGAAUAGUUUGGAUGAUGAUGAAUUUGAAUGUUUUUGCCCUAUGACGAAAGUACAGUUUAGAGAACUAUUUGCUUAUUGUGAUAGAAUACCUUGUCAAGGAGGCUACAGAUAUGUUAGUAAAAAGGACCUGUUGACGUUUUUAUGCAAAAUGCGUCAGGGACUUUCUGAUGAUUUUCUCAAAGUUAUGUUCCAAUAUCCAAGUAGACAAGCAACAAGUAUGGCCAUUGCUACCGUCAGACAAUCUUUAAUGCAACGUUUUGUUCCUAGCAAUAUUGAAUUCGACGCAAUUACAAGAGAAAAUUAUAUCGAAAGACACGUCACGGAGUUCGCCAACGAACUGUAUAAUCCAGAACCACAUAUUCCCCGAGUAAUCGCAUGCAUUGACGGUACUUACAGCUAUAUUCCAAAAUGUAGUAAUUUUCGAGCUCUCCGGCAGUCAUACUGCGUUCACAAGGGGCGACACUUAGUCAAACCUGUUCUGAUAGUUGCACCUGACGGUUACAUACUCGACAUUCAAGGGCCGUACUUCUCUGAUAGUCGGAAUAAUGACGCUGCUAUUCUGCAAAAUGAAUUUGUAAGAGAUGCCGAGAGAAUGACAAGAUGGUUCCAGGAAACUGAUAUCGUUAUAGUGGAUAAGGAAUAUCGGGAUGUCACUCAGCUGCUGACUCGCUUAUGUUUUAUGACUGGAUUGGUCACCUGCUAA